UGUGACGUAAUAACCGCGCGCGGCGCCCGGCGUUCCCGCAAGGUCGCUUUGCAGAACGGGAGGGACCUUAAGUAAAUAGUCCGUAGGUCGAGGGUGGGUCGUGUCCUUUUGCCUUGGUACCAGCGGAGAGAUGACGGGGUAUACUCCGGAUGAGAAACUGCGGCUGCAACAGCUGCGAGAGCUGAGAAGGCGAUGGCUGAAGGACCAGGAGCUGAGCCCUCGGGAGCCGGUGCUGCCCCCACAGAAGAUGUGGCCUAUGGAGAAAUUCUGGAAUAAGUUUUUGGAGAAUAAAUCCCCUUGGAGGAAAACGGUCCAUGGGGUAUACCAAAAGAGUAUCUUUAUUUUCACUCAUGUACUUGUACCUGCCUGGAUUAUUCAUUAUUACAUGAAGUAUCAUGUGUCUCAUCUUCACCUGGAGCAGAUUCCAUCUCAAGAAACCACUUUGUUUGCUCAUCCAAAAGGAGCAACUUCUCAUCUAUCAAGCUUUAUCAUGUGAUUGAGGCACUUCAGUCACAUCUUCAGGCUCCACUUCUAAUUCUAGUUCUUUUGCUAUAUCCACUACAUUGAGAGUUCCUUCCUGCACCGAAGUCUUGAACCCCUCAAAGUCAUCCACAAGAGUUGAAAUCAACUUCUUCCAAACUCUUGUUCAUGUUGAUACUUUGACCUCCUCUUAUUAAUCACGAAUCUUCUCAAUGGCAUAUAGGAUGGUAAAUUCUUUCCCAGAAGAUUUUCCAUUUACUUUGCCUUGAUCCAUCAGAGGAAUCACUAUCUUUUUUUUUUUUUUUUCCUUUUUGAAACAAGGUCUUGCUGUGUCACCCAGGCUGGAGUGCAGUGGUGCCAUAUUGGCUCACUGCAACCUCUGCCUCCCAGGUUCAAGCAAUUCUCCUGCCUCAGCCUACCAAGUAGCUUUUGAUAUAAAGUGAGAAACAUGCAGCUCUUCCUUUUAUUUGAACAGUUGGAGAUCAUUGUAGUUUUAUUAGUUGGCCUAAUUUCAAUAUUGUUGUGUCUCAGGGAAUAGGACGGUCCAAGGAGAGGGAGAGAGGUGGGGAAUGACCAGUUGGUGGAACAGUCACAACACACAACAUUUACUGAUUAAAUUCACUAUCUUAUAUGGGUGUGAUUUAUGUUGCCCCUAAAAUUUACAGUAGUAACAUCAAGAAUCACUGAGUGCAGAUUACCAUAACAAAUAUUAAUAUAACAAUAAUGACAAAGUUUGAAGCCAGGCGUGGUGGCUCACACCUGUAAUCCCAGCACUUUGGGAGGCUGAGGCGGACAAAUCAGCUGAGGUCAGGAGUUC